ACUGCGUGUGAUCGGAGAGGACUUUAACUCUAUUUGCAUGCAGCUAUAUCACAGUUAUUUUCUUUGACCAGAAGUAAAGAUGAGUUCUUCAGAAGGGAAGAUAAUAACAGUUAUCGGAAGUGGGCUGAUUGGCCGCUCCUGGGCCAUGGUGUUUCUGAGUGGUGGGUACAAAGUUAAGAUCUACGACAACCAACCGGGUCAAGCAGAGAAGGCCAUCAUAGAGAUCAGGAAACAGCUUGAGGAACUCCAGCACGCCCAAAUGCUGAGGGGUAGUCUCACUGCAGCACAGCAGCUGAGUCUGCUGAGCAGCUACGAUGACCUGGCCCAGGCACUAGAGGGCGCCUUUUUUGUUCAGGAGAGUGUGUUUGAGGAGCUGGGAGCCAAGCAGAGUGUCUUCCAGGCUGUGGAGCAGCAUGUUGGAGAGGGUGUGGUCCUCAGCAGCUCCACCUCUUGCUUGUUGCCCAGCAACGUGUUUGCAACAGUCAAGAAUAAAACUCGCUGCAUCAUAUCUCACCCGGUUAACCCACCAUACUACGUCCGUCUGGUGGAGCUGGUACCUCAUCCAGAGACGCUGCCUGCGGUCAUGGACGUAACCUACACCCUGAUGACCGAGGUGGGACAGGCUCCUGUCCGUCUCAAGAAGGAGAUUGAUGGCUUUGCCCUUAACCGAGUUCAGUAUGCCAUCAUCGCUGAGUCCUGGAGACUAGUCCAGGAUGGAGUGAUCUCUGUUAAGGACAUUGAUCUGGUGAUGUCAGAAGGGCUGGGCAUGCGAUACGCCUUCAUUGGUCCAAUCGAGACCAUGCACCUCAACGCACCCGACGGUUUGGAAGACUACCUCAGGCGUUACCGUGAGGGCAUGAAAAGAGUGCUUUCUUCAUUUGGGCCUGUUCCAGAAUUUUCUGGAGAAGCUGCUGCAAACAUCAAUAAAGAGAUCUGUGAACUCAUUCCCAGUGAUCAGGAACACCUGUCGGCACGAAGAGAAAGGCGGGAUCAGCUGCUAAUGGGAUUGGCCAAGCUGAAGAAAUAAACCCAACACCAUCACUACUAGCUGAAGCUUAAUGACGCAGAGACUACUAGAUGAUCUACCCUAACAAGUGUGUGGAGUACAUCAGCACUGUGAAGUUACUGUUAGACCCAAGGGAAACUGGACAGAAGUCUAAAGAGAUGACGAAAGAAAUCUAAUCGUAAAAUGAAUCCAGAUAUUGAAUCCAGUUGUAAUUAUGACGUGAUCAGAAAACACAUUAGUUUCUUGUUGUGUUUUUAAACAGGAUGAAAUUACUGUAUAAAUGCCUUUUGUCGUAAAUAAAAUUGUCUGAUCCAU